UCGCGGCGGCCGCUCGCUCCCGCCCACGCCGGGUGGCCGACGUGGAAGUUGCUGGCUGACGAGGCUUCCAAGGAAACCGCCUCCGAGCCGCCGGAGGCCGAGACGAGCGGAGGUGGCGGCACCGGGGAUCCAGUAGCGUCGCUGCCGAGACCGGGGCCUGUGUCUGCCGAUCGACGAGGGCGGACGGGCGCUUCAUCAUGGGUGGCUUUUUCUCAAGUAUAUUUUCGAGUCUAUUUGGAACCCGGGAAAUGAGGAUUUUAAUUUUGGGAUUAGAUGGAGCAGGAAAAACUACAAUUUUGUACAGAUUACAGGUUGGAGAGGUUGUUACUACUAUUCCUACCAUUGGAUUUAAUGUUGAGACGGUAACAUACAAAAACCUUAAAUUUCAAGUCUGGGAUUUAGGAGGACAGACCAGUAUCAGGCCAUACUGGAGAUGUUAUUAUUCAAACACAGAUGCCGUCAUUUAUGUAGUAGACAGUUGUGACCGAGAUCGAAUUGGCAUUUCCAAAUCAGAGUUAGUUGCCAUGUUGGAGGAAGAAGAGCUGAGAAAAGCCAUUUUGGUGGUAUUUGCAAAUAAGCAGGACAUGGAACAGGCUAUGACUCCCUCAGAGAUGGCAAAUUCACUUGGGCUACCUGCCUUGAAGGACCGAAAAUGGCAAAUAUUCAAAACUUCAGCAACCAAAGGCACUGGCCUUGAUGAGGCAAUGGAAUGGUUAGUUGAAGCAUUAAAGAGCAGGCAGUAAUCCAAUCACUUCUCCUUCUGAAAUGAAGACCACAUCCCAUGUCCCUUUGGAAAUAGUUAAGUGUGCUUCACACUACUAAAUGUUAAAGCUGUGUGUAUGAUUGUUGGCAUAUACUGAACUGGCUACACAUUUGUAAUAAAUAUAAAAAAUAAGUAUUUGGUUGGAAGGAUAGCUCAUCUUGAAUGAACCAACUGACUGGUCUGUAUGAUGUAAAAUAUUCCUUUCUUGCUUUCUUGUAUUAUUAAGGUAUAUAUUCUAUUUGUGUGGAAUUCUUAUUCAAAUACAGUCCUAUUAAAAAAUGCACUCUUAUCAAGGGGGAAAAACCCUAUUUUUGAAUGAGUGGUUGCAGAUUGUUUAUAUAAACACUAAUAAAUACCUUAGCUCAGAUUUUUUCCCUCUAAAAUGAAUUAAAUUUUUCCAAAAAGUAGACUCAGUAGGCUAGUCUAGGAACAUGGUGUGAGUAAAUAUAGUUUCAUUUGCUCAGUAACCACUUUAUUUAAACUGUGUCAUUUAAAAGCUUUUGGUUAUAGGCAAGAAGUUGAAAUAAUUAUUUUGUUAAAGUCACUGAUGUAUCUGUAAUUGUUAUUUUAUAGUACUUUAUAGUUGAAAAAAAAUUCAAUGUAUAUUGAUACCUAGUCAGUUUUUACAAGAACCCUGUGAUGUAGAUAGGACAGAUUGUAAUGUAAUGUUUCUGUUUUAUGGACGUGUUGAGUCUUGGGUUGAUAGCUUGGCUUGCCCAACUGCUAGUAAGCUGGGAGCCAGGCUCAAAGUGAGACUUCAGGGUCAGAAGCUUGUCCCAUGAACUACACCACAUGUAAGUUCAAAUGAUAUAACUCCCUACAUAAAAUUAUGCUAACUGAAGUAGACUACAUUCAAAAUAAUGCCUGUAAAUUUAUCUGUCCAUACUAGUAGAGGUAGUAAAAACAGUCCUAAAUGGUUAUAUUUGAUGAAUUCACAACACAUUAAAAAUACUCACAUUGAAGGAAAUAAAGAUAUAUUUUAAGAAGCAUUGUAAAAGAUGUUUUUACUGUCUUUCAUUUUACCUACUUGUAAUUGGACAUAUAAAUUUUAUUGGUGAAGUCAAAAUCUUACUGGUUCUACAGGGAGAAAUUGAGCAUUCUUGGUUUUAGAAAUUAGGUUUACUCGUAGGUUAUCAGUUAUGGUCAAAGGAACUUUUCAAACUGCCCAUUCUACCACAGAAUUGGCUCCAGUGUAACAGAGGUAAAUAUAGUCCUCAGUAAUUACUAAAAUUGGGGAGAAAUUUUUUCACUUUGUAAGUUGGAUAACCGCAUUCAAGAUAGUAGAUGCUGGUAAAGUGAGCUUAAUACUAUUGUGCUCCUCACCUUUCAGAAACACUAGGGAUUCACUUCCUGUCCCUGACACUGUCCUACCAGAUGUUGGCCUCUGGCCUUGCCCUCACACUUUUGGUCAUUCUCUCUACUCCAGUGAAUGUGGCUUUUUUUGCCUGUGGGAUUUACUCUUAUUUUCCAGCACCCAUUCCUAAUUUGUUUGGUCUCAGUGUCAAGUGGAGAAGUUCAGGAUCACUGUGAAAAUAGAAGUAUGGGGAAGUGAGGCCAUGACGGGCAGGUGCUGUCCAGUCUUGAAUUCUGAGGAGGGCCCAGGAAGCUAUAGCCAAGUUCAGCACUUAGAUGAUCCUGAUCCCUCUGGUUUAUUGCAAAGAAUAAGAUGGGAUAAAAGAGCAUACAUUUAUUUUAAUAUGAUAUGAAUUAUAAAGCCCUUGUCUUGCGGGAAACAACUGUACAGGUAUGUUACAUGAGUUGAAUGUUGGUAUUUAUAAAAAUCUAAAAAACAAAACAAAAAAACAACCUAUGAGUUCUAGGCACGUGGCCAUUCCUUCAAUUUUUUCUAAGAAACAAGAGACUUGGACAAAUAAUAUCAAAGGUAUGUUUUAGUUUUAACAUUGUUUUAUAACUGGUUGUAGGUAUGCUAUGAUGUGAUUACACUGAAAAUUAAAUUGAGAGUUGUGGGAUUCUGUUAGCGGGAUAUUUGAGAUGCACUUUAAAUUGUGGAAACGUAAACUCCUUGAGGGCAGGGACCUUACUUUAUUUACUGUUAGUAUCCUUUGCAUCUAGUGUGGUGCACCUGGCACAUAGUAGGCACUCAAUAAAUACUAAUUAAAACAAAGCUGUGCUCAAUA